CCCACGCUAACCGCCAUCUUUGCUUAUCGUAUAAACAGUGCGACCGGGCGCAACGAGAAUUAACGUUGGUAAAUUCGUAGUAUUACCGUGUUUGUUGUGUGAUUGAGGUGCAAAAAGAUGUCGGAAAUCAAGACAGAAACAAAGAAUGAUAAUAAUAUCGACGAUAUAUCUAAGGAUCAGUCGGCGGAAGAGAAGCCUAUUCCUGCAAAAAAUAAACGCAGUGGUACAAAGAGGCUGUCGACCUUAGAAAGAACAGCACAAGAAGGCGAAGCAUUAACUAAGGGAAUGAACACAGCAGGUGGUGAAGUUGAAGGAAGAAGACGUACACGUAGUUCAGCACGUGGGCUGACUCCAUCGACACCACCGACACCAACUCCAUCACCACCGAAGAAACAGAAACAAGAAUCAGGUACAAAAGGAACAGGACGUGGUCGUGGUCGUCCAAAGAGACAAGAUAAAAUAAAUGAAAAUAACACAGAUGAAGAAGCGAAUAAUAAAAGUGAGAAACAUGACGAAGAAUCGGCGAAAAUGGAUGUGGAUGAGAUGAAAGAUGAGAAAGAUGGUAAAACGUUGGAAAAAGUAGAAAAGAAUGAAGAACAAGAUAGUAAAGAUGUUGAAAAAACGCCGGAAACAAAUUCAAAAGAAGAAAAUUUAACGGAAGAAUCGGAAAAUACUACGGUUACAGAAUCUAAAAGUGCGAAUGCUAAUGAAGAAAAAAAAGAUGAUGAAGUAAAAGAUAGUUCAGACUCAAGUCAAGAUGCCACAGAUGCAGCAGAGAAAUCUGAUGCUGCCUCUACGGAGUCUCAAAAUCCCUCCACCAAGCCUACUACUGAUGACAAGAAGGAAUAACCUUCUUAUAUUUGACUUCGUGUAAUUUUUGUCAGGAAUGAAGAUGACGCACAUAGGGAUCUUAAAGAUUCAAGUCCCUACGUCUACUUUAAUUAAUUGAGGUGUAGAGCAUAUGUUGUUCAUGUACAAUAAUAAUAUUGUAAAAUAUAUUUAAUAUGGGCUCAUAGAAAAUAAUGGAGUAAAUUUAUAAACUGAAGGAAUUUUAAGAAAUUGACUAAUUUUCAUAUUAAAUAAAUUGGUUAGUGAAAAAAAAUCGAUUUAACAGUAAGAAAAAAAUUAGUUCUUCAAUCAUAUUUAUCAUUUUGUUCACGCGCAAAUGUUAAUUAUUAAUGUGAUUAAUAAAUUUUUUUUUCUUCCUGUUAGCUAAGAUAUCUUGUUUAAGUUAUCUGAUAGUUAUUAAUAAUUAAUUAUCAUUUUUAAGAAUUGUUAAAUUAUUAAAUAUUACGAACAAAUAUUAUAUAUAAUAUUUCUGGUACCAUAUUAAAUAUUUUGAUAUUAUUGUGUAUUUGAACGGUUGUGAGUGUACAGAUAGAUUAUAUGAUUGAUGGACUAUGUUUAGUAAAUCCACACUUGAUGAGACACCAAUCAUAAAGUGAACAAUUUUCAGUAGAUAAAUAUUGAACAAAAAAAAAAGCAUAUUCAUUUGUAGGAUUUUCAUGGCAUUUGGCAUAAUGUAUUAAUGAACAAUAGCCAAUCAAUUUCAUUUUGAGCUCAAUAUUCAGUUUUGAAAUUAAUCAAUUUAUUCAAAUUACUAUAAAUAAAAUGGCCUGAAUAUAAUAUAAAAUGAAUUCUCACGACUCUAAAAUUGAAUGACUAUAAUAUUGUGAGCUAUCAGUGCAAUAAAGUGGGAUCUCGUAAUUAUUGUUAGUUUUUAAUUAUGACUUAAACAAUUGUCUGUUAAUUUUUUUUUAUUAAUACUGUUUAUUAUACAAAUUAUAUUAUUGUAUAUUUAAAAGGCUAUCAAGUUCGUAUUCGUUAGACUAAAUGCCCAAAAAUAUAAUUACAUAUUGUUUAUAAUUAGAAUUGUUUAAUGGAAAGUAAUUUAUUCCUUCAUAUUAAUUAAUUUCAAGUCAAGUAUGUGUCUCGUUUAGUGGGAUUUAGGUCUAGCUAUUAGAAUUAAAUAUUAGCUAAAUAAUUACGAUAUGAAUAUUAUUAAAUAUAUAAGUUUGCCCUGUUGAGAUGCUUAUUCAACUCUUCAGGUCAAGCAAAUAUGUGUAAUAAAAAAUAUAUAUUAGCGUUUUAUCAUAAUAAUUAUUAUAAUAAUUAAAUAUGAAUAAUAUUAAAGAAUAAAAUUAUAAAUGAGUGAGUCGUGAAUGUAAGACAAACAGUAGUUUUUAUACACUCUUAUCUUUUUGGUUCUCGGGUCAAAUAUUUUUUGUUUCUUUUUUAGUCAAUUCUAUCAUAUAGACUCUAAUCAAAACUUUUCAAUCACUCAUUGUACAAUUGAUAGGUAAAUCAUAUAUAUGUAUACCUACGUACCAAUUUUAUCUGUUACUCCAUUUUUUCUUGUAGUGUGGAACGAUUAUAACGAUUGUGAGAUGACGUUUGACUUUUGUAACAAAAUUGCUUCAUUCAAUAAAAUAAAUGAAAAUUUAUUUUUU